GGCACGUCAGAGUCGAGGCGGAAGCGGAAGGGAAGCAGUGGGUGCUGAAACAUGGCGUGCGCUUACACACGCAGAGUCAGGAUGACAGCCGGCGCGUGUGUGUUUUCUGCGAUUAUUGCAACAUGUGUGAUGCAGCUGCCCGCAUCGGCCAAACCGGGCAAUUUAAGAGUAAUCACAGAUGGAAACUGGGAGGAUAUCCUGACGGGAGAAUGGAUGAUCGAGUUCUUUGCUCCGUGGUGUCCAGCCUGCCAGCAGCUCCAGCCCGUGUGGAAUGAGUUUGCAGAAUGGGGAGAAGAUUUGGGAGUGAAUAUUGCCAAAGUGGACGUCACCGAGCAGCCAGGUUUGAGCGGGAGGUUCAUUAUCACAGCUCUCCCGACUAUCUACCACUGUAAAGAUGGUGCGUUUCGGCGAUAUCAAGGCGCUCGAUCUAAAGAUGACUUCCUGAGCUUCAUUGAUGAAAAGAAAUGGCAGAGCAUAGAGCCGGUCUCUUCCUGGUUUGGCCCUUCAUCCUUCCUGAUGAACGCAAUGUCAGCCCUCUUCAAGUUAUCCAUGUUCAUCAGGCAUUGCCAUAAUUACUUAACGGAGCAGCUGGGUGUCCCAGUGUGGGGCUCGUUUGGGAUAUUUGCUUUAGCAACACUCAUCUCAGGAUUGGUCCUUGGAUUGGUACUAGUUUUCAUCGCCGAUUUUGCUUUCCCGUCACGGCGGUUUGCACCAAAUUAUCACCACAGGAAACUGCCUGCUGGGCAGGUACGUCUCCUGCAGCAGUUGGAAGAUGAACAGGAAGCAGAUGGAGAGGAAGAGGAUGAUGAUGAUGAUGAGUACAGUGGAAAGACUGAAGAGUGGCAGCGAGCAGACGGAGCCGAUGUGCUCAGGAGAAGAGGAGUGGGUGUGCUGGAGGAGGACACCUAGUGGACUGGAGAGGAACUGCCUCUCGCUCACUGCUCACAAAACCACAUGGCACAAACCACAUCGCUACAGCAGUGCCCUGGCAGCGCUCAUUAAGCUUGAUGUCACAUGUGAUGUCAUAGCUUCCUCUGAAAGAUUGAUGUGGUUGUGCUUUUCUCUCUUUCGUGCCGCUAGUUUGUGUGUUUUCUCUUUUCCACCUGUCUAGUUUUAAUUAUUACACUCCUUGCUAUGCAGUAUCUCUAGAGUGUGUGUGUGUGACAGAGGAAUAUUAGGACUUACUUUACGGAAUUUUUACGACUCACAGUUGCAAUAUUCCCCAUACAAAUUCUGAGCAAAAUAACCAAGAUCAAACAACGAUCUCACUGUGAAUCUGUUGUAAAUGAGGCUUUUUGGAAUGAGAAAGCUUUUGUGCUUUACUUUGUAAAUAUUUUAUUAUUUGAGCUUUUUGGAUGCCUGUUAUAUAAAGCCAGAAUGUUCAAUUUGCCGUUUUAAAUGUUUUUUCUUCCAACUAGAGUUCAGGAAAACUAGAAAAUGGCUGAAUUAACACUUGUUUAUUAAUGUGUGUAUGUGUGGUGAUUCAUUAUUGUUUGACACUGAAAGAUGCUUCCAUUAGUUCAUGUCUUUUAGGACAUUUGUGCUCUUAUAAUUUGCUUUAAAUGAGUUUCCACACCCUGUUUCUUUAAAUUUAUUUGGUUACACUUUAUUACGAUAGUCCAUUUAGACAUUCUAAGUAACUUUGCAACUACAUGUCAACUAACUCUCAUUAAAGCAUUUGUAGACUGUUAGGUUAGGGUUAGUAAAAUAUGUUGCCGUACUUGCAAAGUUACUGACAGUCAGUAGAACGUCUGUUGAGCGACCAUCAAUAUAUAGUGUUAGUAGAUAUUAAGCAGUCUGCUAAUACUCUAAUGACUGCUAGUUGACAUGGAGUUGCAAAGUUAUUUAAAGGUAGUUGAAUGUUUAAAGUGGACUAUCAAAACAAAGUCUUACCUUUUAUGUUUCAGUGGAUUUUAGGAUGUGUCUUGGUCUUCAAACUUUUUUGAUGCAGUUUAUUUGUACCCCUUUUAGUUCUAAUAGUUUUCUUAUUGUCGUUACUAAAGUUUGACCCCUGACACUUGACUGAUCCACUAGAAUUAAAGUGCUUCUCAAUGUGUUCUGCUCAUUUGUCCACUGCAGAACAAUAGUAAUGUGUGAAUGUCUGCUUUUACAACUCUAUUGCUUGUGUGUGUGUGUGAGAGAGAUUGGUUUUGGAAUGUUUCUGUAUUUGAGACAGUGUGAAUCUGGACUGUUAAUAAACAGUUUAAA